AUGAAUGAUAAACAGGCUGGGCGACGCGCCACAAGGAGGCGGUCUUUUCAGACCGAUCGGGAUGGUGGUGGCGGAUCUAAAGCUACUAAAGCGUCCGCCGCACGUGGCAGUCAACAGAAAAAAGAGGCGGGAAGAAAGGCCGCGCUUGGACAAGAGAAGUCCGGGGAAGACAAGGAGAAGCAACCAACGCCACGCAAGCGGGUUUCUACCAGGAAGAUCGAGGGGGAGGAAGAGUGUGACACCGCGGUGGCCGGGGACAUCACUACGGGGGCGAAGAGGCGGCAGACGACAGGCAGUGCUGACGACGUCGGUGGUGCGGAAGUUGGGACAACGCGAGGCGCCAGGGAAGCAAGUGUCAAGGCGACGGGUCAUGCAUUGCGCUCGAAGGGCCGACCCGGAGCAAGGAAAACAUCCGGCGGAAGGAGGGGCAAGCAAGCAGCGAGGGGGAAGAGGCCGAAACGCGGCGAAGAAGACCCUGAUAAUGCGGAGGAGGAGGGUGAGGGGGAUGAGGAGGAGGAUGAGGAGGAAGAGGAGGAUGAGGAGGAUGCGGAGGAGGAGGACGUGGAGGAGGAGGAAAAAUAUGAGGAUGAUGAUGAGGAGGACGAAGAGGAGGAGGAGGAGGAGGACGAGAAGGGGGACGACGAGGAUGAGGAGGAGGAGGAGGAGGAGGAGGAGGAGGAGGAGGAGGAGGAGGAGGAGGAGGAGGAGGAGGAGGAGGAGGAGGACGACGACGAGGAGGGGGACGACGAGGAUGAAGAGGAGGAGGAGGAUGGCGAGGGGGGGGAGGAGGAGGAGGAGGAGGAGGAGGAGGAGGAGGAGGAGGAGGAGGAGGAGGAGGAGGAGGAAGAGGAGAAGGAGGAGGAGGAGGAGGAGGAGGAGGAGGAGGAGGAGGAGGAGGAGGAGGAGGAGGAUGCGGAGGAGGAGGAGGCGGAAGGGGCGGAAGAGGAAAAGGAGGAGGAUGUGGCGGCAGUGAAGCCCCUCGUGUUACAAGCAUUUGGUCACCGGUAA